AGGUUAUGGUUAUUAAACAAAUUUAAAUGAACCAUAUUUUACAAUGGCAUAAAGUUUAUUAUUUAUAAAUUGUUACACGCCCACAUAAGUCAUGGUUUGCGAAAAAAUUCGUUAUAGUCUAGAUAGAUUAAAUUUUAUUUUGCUAAUAAAAUAAAAUUAAAACAAAUACCCAAACAUGAAAACUACAGAUAAAGAAUGUGAAGUAAAGAAGAUAAAUAUGAAAAAUACAAGAUGGAAAAUUUGUUUAAUUUGCGAGAGGCUUACUCUUGAAAAAUGGUUCUAUUUUUCUGUUUGGGUUGGAUCCAUUAUGUAUGGAAUUUAUUAUUUUGCAAAAAGUUCCAAUGAUUUUUUUAGAAAUUAUGUUGAUUAUUACGACGAUUUUGAAGAAGGGACAUUUUUAAAUAGGAAAAGGGACCAAUCAGAUGGAGAAUUUGAAGAAAUCAGUUCCAUUUUUAAACAAUUUGGGACUUUAAUGUUUGCCAGCCUUAUUAUUUUCGAAAUACAAAGAAAAUUUACCAACAACAAAGAGUUUUUAAAGUUAACCCAGAUAUUUAUAAGUUUUUAUGGGUUGAUUCACAAUUUUGGUUUCAAAUACUUUUUUGUAUUGCUCUCCCAACCACUGAUAUACACAGCAAUAGUUUAUAAUUUUAAAAAUAAAGCACCCCUAUACAUAUUAGUUGUGUUUAAUAUAAUUUGGAGCAAAUGGAUGUUUACAAUGUUUAUCAUCCAUAAAGUGUUUGAUGAACUUAGUAUUAUUGUAGCUUUUGUUGGCUAUGGCUGGAGUAUUUUAAAAUGUUCUUGUUUUUAUUUUGAAAGCAAUGUGGUUACAAAAAGUACAUUCAUAGACUUAUUGGAAUUCGUUUUUUAUUUGCCCACGUUUUUUUAUGGGCCUAUUUUAAUGUAUACUGACUAUGAAGAAAAGUACAAUUUUGAAAAAUAUAAACCUUUAAGAGAAAGGGCUCUAAGUUUGUUGAAAAAUGGUUUAAGGAUAUUGUUUUGGUAUGUUUUUACCUACAUAUUAUUGCACUAUCUCUACAUAAGUGCUAUGAGAGUUGAGGCUUUGUAUGAUUUUGAUAGUACCAGCCUUUAUGCCUAUGGUUUUUUGAUGGGAACCUAUUUUCAAUUAAAAUAUCUGAUAUUAUAUGGAAUUGGAACUAUGUUUGCGUCUUUCUACAAUAUUCCAGUUCCAGCUUUACCAAGAUGCAUUGGAAGAAUACAUUUGUAUUCUGACAUGUGGAAAUAUUUUGAUGUUGGAUUAUACCAUUAUUUAGUGAAGUACAUUUAUAAACCAUCAUUAUUUUCUAAAUCUUUUCUUAAUAAGAUAUUCUCUGGUGCCUUAACGUUUAUAUUUAUUUGGUGCUGGCAUGGGAUGACCCAUCAAAUAUUUUUAUGGUCAAUGUAUAACUUCUUGGUCAUUAUAAUCGAAAACGUGGGGAUUGCAUUAUAUCAGACCGAAUUCGUGAAAGGCUUAGAACAAACUUUUGGGCAAUUUUAUUUCCAAAAACUAAAACAUUUUUGUAUAGGCUGUUUAAUGAUUUUAAACAGCAUUUCAAAUUUUCAUUUUUUGGGUAGUACUGAGGUGGCAAAUGUAUUUUUUGAGAGAAUAUAUCGAGAUCCUAUACAAAAAACAGCAAUUCUGAUAUUUUUAUUAUUCUCUUUAAGUGAAUUUUCCGAUACCAUUAGGGAUGUGCCAGCUGCUGUUAUGUGAAAUAUCAUACUUUUUAUUAAAUUUAUAAAUAAUAUUUGAGUUUCAUUUUAUGUUAAAAAGGGCCAAUACAUACUAAUAAACAAAAUUUUAUAAUUAAUAGCGAGUAUAAAUAUAUCUUAAUUUUAAUCACAUGGUAAUAUCCUCUUACUACAGUCUUUUAGUAAAAGAAUUUUUAACGCUCGUCGCAUUCUUUUUUCUGUUCAUUUCCAGUUUUUUUAAAGCUUCCUGUCUUUUCCUUUCUAUUAUUUCCUGUUGUUUUUUUGCUUCUAAUUUGGCCAAAGCUUGUAGUCUCUUUUUCUCAAUUUCUUCUGGGGAACAUUUCAUUGGUGAACAAAGA